CAGUCAACGUUCAAUGCGUUUCACUGCGUAUGAAGUUGGAGACAAUUGUAUGUAUUUGUCUGUUUUGCAAAGGGGAUUGCAGCACACGGUGUAGUAGUCUGCUUUUCAGUACAUUCUUUUUCUCUUUGUUUCCAUACACAUAACACAACAGUAGCUUAAUUCGGCGGAACGGUUUAGUUGUAUUUAUUUUACUCCACAGCAUACUUAUACAGUAUGAGGUGCAGCUAUGGCAAGAAGGGGUAAGACAGUUGUGAGAACCCUGGAGGACUUGACGCUUGAUUCUGGUUAUGGUGGUGCUGCAGACUCCUUCAGGUCGUCCAGCGUGUCCUUGUGUUGCUCAGACUCUCACCUACCUUAUGCCCAUGGAGGAAACUGUUGGCAUUUAACAGACUCCAUGCACAGUCGACACAAUAGCCUAGACACGGUCAACACCGUCCUGGCUGAAGACACCGAGAUCCUGGAGUGCUCCGGACAGUGUGCCAAGCUACCUGAACUGGAAGAUGCACCCUGGAGCCUGGAGGAGGUGGAAAACGCCAUCAAGAAGGAGCAGGAAGCGGAGGUGGGACAGCUUUCAAAGGAUGCUCUUGUGAAGCUCUCUUAUUUGGUUAGCAGGGUGCUGGUAAGGAUUGCCAAAGAAGCCCAGAGGUUGAGCCUACGCUAUGCCAAGUGCACCAAGUAUGAAAUCCAAAGCGCCAUCAAGGUGGUGCUUUCCUGGACGCUAUCUGUGAACUGCAUCACCGCGUCCCUUAGCGCCUUGUCCCUUUAUAACAUGAGCACGGGGGACAAGCUUAGCAGGGGCAAGUCGACCAGGUGCGGUCUCAUCUUUUCAGUGGGCAAGUUUUUCAGGUGGAUGGUUGACAGCAGGGUUGCGGUGAGGAUCCACGAGCAUGCGGCUAUCUACCUGACAGCCUGCAUGGAGAGUCUGUUCAGAGAGAUAUGCAUGAGGGUGGUACAUAGUGCCCACUCCGAGAAGGACAAUGGGACUCCAAAGUUGACUGUCGAGUGUUUGGAACAAGCUGUCAACAAUGACUCGGAACUGUGGGGGAUGCUUCAGCCAUAUCAACACCUCAUUUGUGGGAAAAAUGCCAGCGGUGUUCUCUCCCUGCCUGACAGCCUAAACCUGCACAGAGAGCAGCAGAGGUCCAACAAACCUGGAGAAGUGCACAUGUACAGCCAGUCUGAACUGAGGACCAUCGAGCAGUCCCUGCUUGCAACUCGUGUGGGAAGCAUUGCUGAGCUCAGUGAUUUGGUGUCCCGUGCAAUGCAUCACCUCCAGCCUCUGCACCUAAAGAAUCACAGCAAUGGCACCCCAAUGCACCACAAGCAAGGGUCAGCGUACUGGGAGCCUGAAGCCUUGUAUACCCUCUGCUACUUCAUGCACUGUCCACAGAUGGAGUGGGAGAAUCCCAACGUGGAGCCAUCCAAAGUCACCCUACAAACUGAGAGGCCAUUCUUGGUAUUGCCUCCCCUGAUGGAGUGGAUCAGAGUGGCAGUAGCCCAUGCAGAGCACCGCCGGAGUUUCUCAGUAGACAGUGAUGACGUCCGGCAAGCAGCAAGGCUCCUACUCCCUGGAGUUGACUGUGAACCUCGGCAGCUCAAGACAGACGACUGUUUCUGUGCCUCUCGGAAACUGGACGCUGCUGCCACAGAAGCCAAUUUUCUGCAAGAUUUAGGAUUCCGAAUGUUGAACUGUGGCAGGACAGACCUGGUCACACAGGCAGUGUCUCUGCUAGGCCCUGAUGGCAUCAACAGCAUGAGUGAACAGGGGAUGACUCCUCUGAUGUAUGCUUGUGUUCGUGGGGAUGAGGCCAUGGUACAAAUGCUACUGGAUGCUGGAGCAGACAUAAAUAAUGAGGUACCUAACACAGUGCACAAAUAUCCAUCGGUCUACCCUGAGACUCGCCAUUGGACGCCACUCACAUUCGCAGUGUUACAUGGACACAUUCCUGUCGUACAGCUAUUGUUGGAUGCCAGAGCAAAUGUUGAAGGUUCCUUGCAGGAUGGGGAAGAAAACUAUGCUGAGACGCCUUUGCAACUGGCUUCUGCAGCAGGUAACUUUGAGCUUGUCAGUUUGUUGCUGGAGAGAGGAGGUGACCCCAUGAUUGGAACACUGUACAGGAAUGGGAUUUCGUCUACUUCCCAGGGAGAUAUGAACUCCUACAGUCAGGCUGCUGCACAUGGACACAGGAAUGUGUUCCGGAAACUCCUUGCCCAGCCUGAGAAAGGGAAGACUGAUGUCUUGUCCCUGGAGGAGAUGCUGGCUGAAGGGUCUGACCCGGCUGAAAAGAAUCCAGGACAUUCAAACUCCAGCAGGAACAGCAAGGCCAAGCUCAAAGCCCUGCGUGAAGCUAUGUAUCACAGUGCUGAGCACAGCUACGUGGACGUCACCAUUGACAUUCGCAGUCUGGGCGUGCCCUGGACUCUCCACACGUGGCUGGAAUCCCUGCGCACCUCCUUCCUGCAGCACAGGAGACCUCUCAUCCAGUGCCUGCUGAAGGAGUUCAGCUCCAUCGAAGAGGAGGAGUACACUGAAGAGAUCAUUACCCACGGCCUGCCGUUGAUGUUUGAAAUUCUGAGAGCCAGCAAGAAUGAAGUGAUAAGCCAGCAGCUGUCUGUUAUUUUUACUCAGUGCUACGGACCGUACCCCAUCCCAAAACUCACAGAGAUUAAAAGAAAGCAGACGUCACGCCUAGAUCCUCAUUUUCUGAAUAAUAAAGAGAUGUCGGAUGUCACUUUCCUGGUUGAAGGAAAACCGUUCUAUGCACACAAAGUGUUGUUAUUCACUGCCUCUGCCAGGUUUAAAUCAUUGCUCUCCAAUAGACCUGUUGCUGAGAACACAUGUAUUGAAAUCAGCCAUGUGAAGUACAAUAUCUUUCAGCUGGUGAUGCAGUACCUCUACCACGGAGGGACGGAAUCACUUCACGUGAGGAACAAUGAGAUCAUGGAGCUUUUGUCCGCUGCUAAGUUCUUCCAGCUGGAUGCCCUACAGCGUCACUGUGAAAUCAUCUGUGCUAAAAACAUGAAUACUGACACCUGUGUUGAUAUCUACACCCAUGCCAAGUUUCUGGGAACCCCUGAGCUCUCUGCAUAUAUGGAGGGCUACUUUCUGAAGAACAUGGUGGUGCUGAUUGAGAAAGAAGCCUUCAAGCAGCUGCUGUAUGACAGGCCUUCAGACAACCCUGGGCCAGACGUGCUGCAGGACCUGGAAAGGACACUGGGAACCAGGAUCCAGUCCAUUCAUCUGUCCUCUUCCAAGGGCUCCAUCGUGUGAGCUGCUGUGGAUUAAGAGCAUCUGUUUAUUUGUUUGUGUAUUUUUUUUUUUACACAGAACACCUGACUUUCUUGCUUGGCCUGCUUGGAAUGCUUUAGAUAUCUGUGCAGCCUGUGUUAAAUGAUCUAUCUCAUGCGCAUUGGUCAUUUCAUUUGUUUACUGACCAGGAUGCUUGUCCUUCCUAGCCUGUUUCAAAGCAAGGGUAUGCUGUAUGAACAACUUGUGUGGACUUCAACUCUGUGUCAUAAUGGGUCGGUUUUUACAUUAAUAUAUCAGGAGCCAUGCGUUUUUAUCCACAGAAUUGAUGGUAAUGGACCAUUUUGCAUAAGGCCCAAUCAUAUAGAUAAGUGGCAUAGAUUUAAUGUUAAAAAUGUUUAAAGCAUAUGUGAGAAAUGUAAAUACCUACCUACUAUUAAUCUAAUGAUGAGUUAUAAAUCAAGUAGGAUAAGAUAUUCUUCAUACUUUGUAUAACUUUGUGCAGGAAGCAUAAAGUGGCUUAAUGGAAUUAUUUUUAUAUACAGACGUGCUCAAAUUUGUUGGUACCCCUCCACAAAAAACGAAGAAUGCACAAUUUUCUCUGAAAUAACUUGAAACUGACAAAAGUAAUUGGCAUCCACCAUUGUUUAUUCCAUAUUUAAUAGAAAUCAGACUUUGCUUUUGAUUUUUUUAUUCAACAUAAUAUUGUAAAUAAUAAAACAAAUGAAAAUGGCAUGGACAAAAAUGAUGGGACCGCUAACCUAAUAUUUUGUUGCACAACCUUUAGAGGCAAUCACUGCAAUCAAACGUUUUCUGUAGCUCUCAAUGAGACUUCUGCACCUGUUAACAGGUAGUUUGGCCCACUCUUCCUGAGCAAACUGCUCCAGCUGUCUCAGGUUUGAUGGGUGCCUUCUCCAGACUGCAAGUUUCAGCUCUUUCCAUAGAUGUUCGAUAGGAUUCAGAUCAGGACUCAUAGAAGGCCACUUCAGAAUAGUCCAAUGUUUUGUUCUUAUCCAUUCUUGGGUGCUUUUAGCUGUGUGUUUUGGGUCAUUAUCCUGUUGGAGGACCCAUGACCUGCGACUGAGACAGAGCUUUCUGACACUGGGCAGUACGUUUCGCUCCAGAAUGCCUUGAUAGUCUUGAGAUUUCAUUGUGCCCUGCACAGAUUCAAGGCACCCUGUGCCAGGCGCAGCAAAGCAGCCCCAAAACAUAACCGAGCCUCUCCAUGUUUCACUGUAGGUAUGGUGUUCUUUUCUUUGAAAGCUUCAUUUUUUUGUCUGUGAACAUAGAGCUGAUGUGACUUGCCAAAAAGCUCCAGUUUUGACUCAUCUGUCUCAUCAAAGGACAUUCUCCCAGAAGGAUUGUGGCUUGUCAAUAUGCAUUUUAGCAAAUUCCAGUCUGGCUUUUUUAUGUUUUUCUUUCAAAAGUGGAGUCCUCCUGGGUCUUCUUCCAUGGAGCCCACUUUCGCUCAAAAAGCGACGGAUGGUGCGAUCAGAAACUGACGUACCUUCACCUUGGAGUUCAGCUUGUAUCUCUUUGGCAGUUAUCCUUGGUUCAUUUUCUACCAUUCGCACUAUCCUUCUGUUCACUCUGGGGUCGAUUUUCCUCUUGCGGCCGCACCCAGGGAGGUUGGAUACAGUUCCAUGGACCUUAAACUUCUUAAUAAUAUUUGCAACUGUUGUCACAGGAACAUCAAGCUGCUUGGAGAUGGUCUUGUAGCCUUUACCUUUACCAUGCUUGUCUAUUAUUUUCUUUCUGAUCUCCUCAGACAACUCUCUCCUUUGCUUUCUCUGGUCCAUGUUCAGUGUGGUGCACACAAUGAUACCAAACAGCACAGUGACUACUGUUCUCCAUUUAAAUAGGCUGAAUGACUGAUUACAAGAUUGGAGACAUGUGUGAUACUAAUUAAAGAAACUAAUUAGUUUGAAAUAUCACUAUAAUCCAAUUAUUUAUUAUCUUUUUCUAAGGGGUACCAACAAAUGUGUCCAGGCCAUUUUAGAAUAUGUUUGUAGAAUAAGCAAUAAUUCAUUUAUUUUCACAGCUUCUUUGCUUUAUUCUAUGACAUACCAGAGGCAUGCAAGUAUACAUGAUAAAAUAGCUUUUAAUUUCAUCACUUUUCAGGAGGAAUGAAGCAUUAUUUCAAUGAGCUGUAAGGGUACCAACAAAUUGUAUCUGUAUAUAUGCUUGCCUUCCAUUGUGGUCAUUAUUAAGUGUAAUUGUAGCACUGCCAAUGUUCCAGAAGGUGGCACCUCAUCAAUGUGAAUAUUGUAAGGCUGACAACAUUAACAAAGGAUUAUCCUGUCUGACGGAAUUAAACAGUAGAUAAGAGGACUGGAUCCUGUUGUAAAAGAACCCCAAUCACUGUUUUAAAUAGCUUGUGCCUGUUUUAAAUGGCUUGUGCCUACAUGAGGUGUGCAGCCAUAGGGUUAAAAAAAGUGUGUGUCACUAAUAUACAGCAUACAGUGCAUUUUAUUUUUUAAAUGGCAUAUCUGUGCUAUAGGCAAAUUUUCAUGUAUACGUUUCAUAGUGGAAAAGAGUAAUACUUUCUGUUAUUUGGAACUUAAUGUACAACCGCAACCAGAUGUCAAAUUAAUGAUCUGUUUCUAGGAGCCUGGCUAGUUCAGCUGUUUUUGUACUGAUAAUGUUUACACAGAGGGUGUUUAAGGGAAACCAUACCAAACCCCAGUUUAAUGCAGACUCAAAUGGAGCAGGCCUGGAAAUCUGGAGAAGCAGUAGACUCACCAAGAAAAAUGAUGUGUAAUUUCAGUACUACAAUAUGGGCUUCCUUAUGUAAAAAGCAGAUCAAAUAUUUGGGAAGCACACCCACUAUAAUAUUGAAAAAGUACCAAGCCCCUGCCUAGCUUAUUCUUACUAAUAGAGAGAGUACUGUUGACGUGGCUGUCACAUUUACUCGUGGCUGGUUUGACUGGGAGUGAUCUUUUGGUUUCUGUACUGUACUGUACUGUAUAGUCAUAAAAGCACAGAUAAAGAAAAACAGCAAUGUUAAAUCUUAAAUCAAUCUUCUUUUUAUGACUUGUGAACAACUGACAGACAAUAACUUUUACAAUUCAAAAUGAUAAUAAAGAUACAAUGUUACAAUACAAACAGAUAAACUACUAUAGUAUGUAUAAUGUUGAUGUAUUUCCAACAAGCAUCACAAAGCCCUUCCUUGUAGACAUUGCUAUUGUAUACUGUAAUUAUAUUAGCAGGUAUUGUAGUAAAACACCACUCACGGUUCAGUCUUAAGGCAUGGAUAUAUUGAUUAUUAAUCUUUUUGGUAGCCACUUACAACAAGAUUACCGUUAUUUGGGGCUGUAGAAGACAAUAUACAUUAUAGUCAUUUUUGCAUAUCAGUUUAACAGAUCUCAAAGGUUGACUGCCACAGGUAAUAUAUAGUAACAUAGAUACAGUACUGUGUGGAACCAAAAUGGGGUUUUUUGUAUGGUUAGAACAAAAAUGAGCUACUAAAGGUACUUAAUAAGCUAGAAUUUAUUUAAGCAAAAUGUUGUGUUUUUACCAAUUAUUUCUUCUAUUUAUCACUGAUAGGACACUGGUCACCCCCUGAAUAGCUUAUGUGCUCAUUACUAGAUUUUUUUACUCAAGGGAAUCCUUAGUCCUGACAAAAUAGAUGAACACAUUUAGAAGAAAAAUAGUUCCAUACAUGUGUAAAUGUUUUAUGUAAAUCAGAUAGAGAAGGUUAAUGUGUGCUUUUUCUGUAAACUAAUGUAUAUAUAACAACUGUGUGUUAUUGCUUCUGUAUUGUAUUGACUUCAUUGGAUGUUCUGUACAAAUGUUAUUGUCCUAGGUGUAUAAUUGCUCUGAAACCAAUUUGCAUGAUUGCAGGUUUGAGUCUUAUUAAAUAUAUAUAUAUAUAUAUAUAUAUAUAUAUAUAUAUAUAUAUAUAUAUAUAUAUAUAUAUAUAUAUAUACACACAUGUUAUGCAACGAUCAAUAACUCAUAAUUGAAAGAGGUAUGUUUGUAAACUGUAUCAUGCUGUUGGUACUACGUCUGGAAAAUUUAUUUUUAUAAGUUAUAAUGGGUUGGUCAGAUACUGCAAAUGCGCUUUUUGUCACCUUUAAUAAAUAUAAGGUGUGGUAAUUUAGUUGAGUAUUUAUCAUUCUGAAGUAAAUAAUUAGCUUUCAAUUUGGUAGACAUAUAGUGUUGGAGAUUAUGAAUGAAAUGUGUUUUUUAUAAAGUAUAUUUUUGGGAAUAUAUAUAUAUGUAAAUGGCCCAUAGUUUGUACAGUACAGCACUCACAUAUGCCCAGCAACAUACAUAAUGGGCCUCAUUUUUUUUAACCAAUUUAAAGUUUGCCCACAUUUGUUUCCAAAAAGGAAAACAACUAUGUUAUCAAAAUAGUCAAAAAUAGCUUUAUUGCAGUAAGAAGUUCAAUUACAACUCACAAAAGGUUUUUAGGACAACAAAUAAUCCUCUCUAAUUAAACAACUGGGACUUUGUUCUUGUAUAAAUGUGAUAUUCUCACCCCUUUAAAAUAUUGCUGCAUAACAGUGACAUCUGGUGGAAGAAACAAAAUUGGAGCAGUUAGAAGGGCAACCAAAGCUCUGCCUGUAAAUGCAUUUUGGCUUUUUAUGCAGGAUAGACUAAUGUGGAAUAUUUAGUUUUGCGUAUACACCUGAAGUCAAGUGCAAGUGAGGCCUUGGAUAUACUGUAGAGGUGCAGACCAAUGCUCUAAGAACAAGAUCAGUGAUAUAGAUCAGCACAGUCUUUACAUACUUCCCAACAGCGUUAAAGGCAACCGCAAAAUAAUUGGGAAUGGAACCAAUCUAACAGGUAAUUUGAGGUUUGCUGGAAAUGGGGAUAGGAAUUCCAGUCGAACAUCAUAAGAACAGCAUAAGAUGGCCUGUUUAAAAAGCUGAAAUAAAAUUGUUGCUUUUCAUUUAAGUGAGGGCCCAAUUUCCUGAUUGUCAAAAUGGGAAGCCUUUUCAUUCAACCCAUCAGAAACCUGCGACCACCACUUAAAACAGGAAGCCAAAACCUACUGUCUUAUGAAUAAACAAUUCUUCAUGAAAAUAAUAAUCAUAAAAGACUCUUCCUUAAAAAAAAAAACAUAUACUGCUAUACAGUUUUAGCAAGGGCAGCUAAACGAAAUAUUCUUCUGAAUAAAACAUACAGUUCAGUAAUCACCCACUUAAAACACACACCUUUACAAUUACAGACAGUUGUCAUGUACCUGCACAUCUUAAUAUUAUUCCAACAUUUGAAUUAGCUCAGUAGUUUUAUUUCAAAGUAAUCACAGACCAUAAGAAACUUGCAUGUGCACUGCUGGCUUUGAUUUUAGAACUUGAUUUUGGUGGCUAAUUAAAUGUCUGUCAAUGGAUUAUCUGUUUUCUCAUUUACGCCGAUUUCCAAAUACAUCCACUCCCCUCAGCAAAUUGGAGAAGUUAUAAAAUAAAAUUCAUUCAUCAGAAUAACUAAACUUCAACUGGAAAUAUAGUGUAAUCUGACAGGACCUGUUUUGUGUAUCAUCCAUGUGAUUACACAUCAUACACUGUACAGUAGUGGAAGCGUGUCUAGGUUUAACAGUUAGAACUUUAAGCAUGAAAAUAAUAGUACAAUCCUGGACAAAAUAGUUGUAUUGUUUUGUGUUACUAAUUCAAGACAAGAUUCUGAUUUUUGUGAUGAGAAUCAAACAUUGAUCUUUCUACCCAAUCUUUAUUGUUGCACAAAUCAUAUGCUUCUAUUAACAAAACUGCAUGAGAUAUUUACAGAAUCUCAGAAUUUUACAUUUUCCAAGUGUUUUGAGGUUAAAAGCAUCAUACCUUGUAUAAAAGUGUAUUGUGUAAAUAUUAGGGAUGUGAUUGAAAAAAGAACAAUACAUACAUGUUCUAGUGUUCUAUUGUUUAAUGAAAUGCAUUGGUGUACAGCAAAUAAAAUGGCUACAAGUUU